UUGUCGUUAGCAAACAUUUUCCACGAAAUCUCACCAUAUUUUCCUGGAAACAUCCAUAGAGUCUUCUGUGUCAGUAGAGUCUUCGACAGUCACACAAAGCCUCUUGUUCAUUGUUAAAAUCCUUGCUCCAUCCAUCUCUAGAAAUCCUUGCUCCAUCUUUUACCAUACUAAUGGAUUCUUCUUCUUUAUCUCUUUUAUCUCCUCAAACAUCUUUGUCUCGAAACUGGAAACACGAUGUUUUCCCCAGCUUCCACGGGGAAGAUGUCCGAAGAACCUUUCUUAGUCACAUCAUGGAAUCAUUCAGAAGUAAGGGAAUCGACCCAUUCAUUGAUAAUGAUAUACAGAGGAGUAAGCCGAUAGGUCCUGCACUCGUAGAAGCUAUCAAAGGAUCAAAGAUCGCGAUCGUCUUGCUCUCCAAGAACUAUGCUUCUUCUUCGUGGUGUCUUGAUGAGUUGGCAGAGAUCAUGAAAUGCAGGGAACUAUCAGGUCAAACAGUCAUGACUAUUUUCUAUGAAGUGGAACCAACUGAAGUAAGGAAGCAGAUGGGAGAUUUUGGAGAAGCCUUCAGACAAACUUGUAAAGAUAAAACACAAGAUCGUACUGAGAUAUGGAGAAAAGCUUUGGAGGAUGUGGCCCAAAUCGCUGGAUAUCAUUCUAGCAAUUGGUUCGUCCUCUUGAUUUAA